AUGCCUGAGAAGAAUGUUGUGUCAUGUAAUACAACGAUUGAAUGUUAUCCCAUGGUUGGUGAAAUUCAAGCUGCUCAAGAAGCUUUUGAUAAGAUGUCUCAUAGGGAUUUGAUCUCAUGGAAUGACAUGAUAUCUGGUUAUGCAGGUCAUGGAAACAUGUUGGCUGCUAGGAAACUUUUCGAUCAGAUGCCAGAGGGAGGAAUUGGUUCUUGGAAUGCAUUGCUUUCUGGGUAUUCUCAUAGAGGAGAAUGGUGUGAGGCUACAGAACUUUUCUGGGCUUUGUGCUUGGGGCCUGUCAAACCUAACCAUGUUACUAUUGGAUAUAAUUUUGUCUGCUUGUGGUUAACUAGGAGCUUUAGAAAUCUGAAGGCAUUUGAUAUUUAUGCUAAAUGUGGCGGUCUCGAUGAAGCUUAUAAAGUGUCUUCUGAGAUGCCUGCCAAGGAUGUGAUAAUAGAGCAGAUGGUUAAGGUGCCUUUGUUUGCCACUACCAAGUAUGAUGCUAUUGUAAGAGAUAUUGGUAAAUGUGCACUAUAUCCCAAUGGUCUGUGA